GUCCGACAACUAGUUUUACGUUGUGUGGACUGUGGAGGCAGUCGACCUCUCGAAGGCUAGUGAAGACCAAAGACAAAAGAAAAGUUUGCUGUAAACUUGAGACCCGGAAUAGCCAAAGACGAAGAGUGAGAGACGUCCUUGGCCAUUCGUGUUUGACGGCCAACCCCUUUUUUGUUGCAAUUGGAGCUUUCAGGGAUUUCACUUCGCAGACUAGAGAUCGUUCUCCAGUUCUACGGUCGCUUUCCAUUUUCCUAACAAAAAUUGAUAAUCAUUCAGCUGAAGAGAUUUAGUGUCCUAGUGGAACCGAUUUGCCAGUGUACGAGUAUACACCAAGUGCUUAUCAACGUCCAUUGUCUCAAAAUACCAGGUGUGUAAUGGAUUCUGACGAGGAAAUCAUGUAUGAUGAUUAUGACUCUGGAAAUGAGUCCAGUGGGGAUGAUGAUGUUGAGUUUGCAAUGGUGGAAGAACCAAACAAUCCCAAAGAAAGGCAAGAACUUGAUGAAUAUCCAUAUGAGGUACUCACCACAGAGCAGAUUCUUCAGCACAUGAAUGAAUGUAUGAAAGAGGUUAACAUAGUUGUAGAGAUGCCCUCAACUGUGAUCAGAAUGCUGUUGAAUCAUUUUCGUUGGGAUAAAGAGAAACUAAUGGAACGAUACUAUGAUGGAGAUCCAGAAAAACUCUUUACAGAGGCACAUGUUGCGAGUCCAUUUGCCAAAGCUGCGGUUCCAGCCAAAGUUGCCAAGAAGGACCAGCGCAGAGCAGGUCCAAGUGUUGAAGAGUGUGAGAUUUGUUUAUCUACCUUACCUUCGUCUGUGAUGUCUGGGUUGGAGUGUGGACACCGUUUUUGUGUCUCUUGCUGGGCCGAAUAUCUAACGACGAAAAUCAUGUCAGAAGGCAUUGGCCAGACUAUAUCAUGUGCUGCUCACAACUGCGAAAUUCUAAUUGACGAUGCAACAGUCAUGAAACUCGUACCUGACGCCAGAGUACGACUUAAAUACCAGCACUUGAUUACCAAUAGUUUUGUGGAGUGCAAUAGGUUAUUAAGAUGGUGCCCAAGUCCGGAUUGCAGCAGUGUUAUCAGAGUCCAGCAUGUUGAAUCGCGUCCAGUGACGUGUCGUUGCGGGCAUACGUUCUGCUUUGCUUGUGGUAAUAACUGGCACGAGCCCGUUCGCUGCACUCUACUCCGCAAAUGGAUCAAAAAGUGUGACGACGAUUCCGAAACUUCCAAUUGGAUUGCAGCCAACACCAAGGAAUGCCCUAAGUGUAAGGCAACUAUUGAAAAAGACGGAGGAUGCAAUCAUAUGGUUUGCAAGAACUCUCAUUGUAAAACCGAGUUUUGUUGGGUAUGUCUGGGACCAUGGGAGCCGCAUGGAACGUCAUGGUACAAUUGUAAUCGUUACGACGAAGAUGAGGCUCGUGCAGCUCGCGAUGCUCAGGAACGUUCGAGAGCGGCACUACAACGUUACCUUUUCUACUGUAACCGCUACAUGAAUCACAUGCAGUCUCUACGUCUCGAGCACAAACAUUACGCCACCGUGAAAGAGAAAAUGGAAGAAAUGCAACAGCACAACAUGUCUUGGAUUGAAGUCCAAUUCUUGAAAAAGGCUGUGGAUAUUCUCUGUCAAUGUCGACAAACGUUGAUGUACACUUAUGUCUUCGCUUAUUAUCUAAAAAAGAAUAAUCAGUCGGUUAUUUUUGAGGACAAUCAAAGGGAUUUGGAGACAGCAACAGAAAAACUUUCUGAAUAUCUCGAGCGCGACAUUACCCAAGAGAACCUCGUCGACAUCAAACAGAAAGUCCAGGACAAGUACCGGUAUUGCGACAGCCGAAGGAGAGUAUUGGCCGAGCAUGUUUACGAAGGGUACGACAAGGAGUGGUGGGAGUAUAAUGACUAGUCCAAAAAGUAACGAAACAAAUUUGCGCUAAUCCUUGUUGUGCCAAGUUUCGGAACACAACAAAAGUCGGAAGAGACGAGAGCACUUUCAUUUAGUCUCCCCUAGAAAAAUGAAAAGAAUCAAGAUUUAAAGGGCAAACGUUUCAGUUCGUGUCUGCCUAGUUCGAAAACUUGGUUCUAACGCUCCUGUCUCGAAAAUUUAAGGUCUUUUCUUCUAUGUAUGUGUGGAAUGCUCGCUGUGCGCUCUGCUAUACAUUAAACAAUCGUUUAUCCCUCCCA